AUGCCUACGGCGCUGCGUGCCGCGCUGGUGCAAGCGCUGCACGCGCUCCCACGCGCGACGCCCGGCACAUGGGACGCAUCGACGAUGCUCAAGCUGCGGACGUGCGCGGCGCUCGGCGCGGCACUCGCCCGCACGCGCAGCCGCGGCGCAUCGGACGCGGAUGUGGCGCGCGUCGUCGUCGCGACGUACGUGUACCUGCUCGAUACGCUCGUCGCCGCCGCGCGCGCGCUGCACGAGAGCCAUCUCUACUGGCAAGGCAUCGAGUGCAGCACGACCCGCGCGGGUGUGCUGUGGCUUCAGAACGUGCAGCGUGCCGCGCACGCCAAGUGCGUGCGCCUGCUGCGCGCGCAGGAGAGCAUGGCACGCACGCUCGGCAUGGUCGCGACGGCGUGGCAUGCGCGCGAGCGCGAUGCGCCACUGGCCGCGCAGGCGAAGCGCCUCUGCCAAGAGGCGCAGGACGCCCUGGCGACGGGCGAGGCGGGCGAUGCCGAGCCGGACGCGAGCCUCGUCGAGGAAGCGCGCGCGCUGCUCGACGCCGUCGCGGAGCACGAGGCGAGCGUGUCGCACAUGAUGCGUGCGUGUGGCCCGCCGCGCACGCUGACGCGCGUGUGGCCGCUCGUGCUUGCGUACCCCCUGUUGUCGUGGGCGCUCGUGCGUGGCCUGUAUGUGCACGGCGCGAGCCUGCGGGCGCAGGCUGCGUCGGUGUGCGACGCGGUGCAUGGCCUCGUGGUGCACUGGGUGUACGAGCCGCUGCUGCGCCUGCUGGACACGCUGCGUGCCGGGCGCGCGGAGCGCGCGCAGCUCGUACGUGUGGAAAGUCUCGCGGCGAACGAGCAGAGCCUCGAGCGCAUGGUCGCGUCGCUCGGUCGCGACAAGCUGCGGCUCGACGACGAGGCGCUUGCAGCGCUCCAGGCCCGCACGCGCGCCGGCGACCUGACGUCGGUGAUGCAGCUGUACGAGGCGGCGAUCCGCACGCCGCUGCGCGCGCUGCUGACUGGCACGCUCGUGCGGCCGGUGCUGAUCCAGGUGCAGAAGGCGAAGGUCGACCUCGAGACGGCGCUGAGCGGCAUCGAGUGGGUGCUCCGCUCGCAGGAGCUGCUGAUCGGCGCUAUGGGCGUCGCGCCGGCGCUCGUCCUCGUGUAUGCGCUCGUCGUCGGCGUGCGCCGCGGCGUCGCUGCGCUGCUGGACCGCAGCACGCAGCGUGUGCGCCGUACGCAGCGGUCGCAGGUCGAUGCGUGGGAGGCGCUUCGCCGCAUGGAUGCGCUCUGUGCGGGUGCGGCGCCGGGCCCCGCGCCGUACGGGCGCCUGCUCCUGGAUGUAUGCGCGCUGGGCACAUCGCUCGAGGCGCUGCUGCGCACGGCGUGCCGCGGCGAGCGCGCGAUGGCGCAGCGCCUGUGGCUGGAGGUGCGCGCCGACCUGGCGGAGCUCGAGUGUGCGUCGGCGUCGUGGGCGCAGCGGCACGCGGUCGUCGCGCGCAUGUGGCGCUCGUGGGGCCGCCUCCUGGCGUGGGAAGCGCGUGCGCCUUGGCACCUAUGA